AUGAGACUGACGUCUGAUUUUGAUGCAAAUCCGGCCAAUUCAUCGCAAAACGUGCUCGAUGUUCUUGAAGCACGCUUCAAUUUCGAGAAUAAAGGAGUGCCGAUGCUGCUGUCGAUCUUGGUAGAGUUGUUAGGCGUAGAGAAGGAAGAAAGUGGCGGAGUGAAAGCGAUCAAAAGGUCUUCAGAAGAGUUUAAUCGCUGGAGAGAGGGGGUUCCCGAGCCCAAGUGUGAAGUCCCUACCCUUACAGAGUUGGGAGAUUAUCUGUUUUCACCCAUUUUCAAUUUCCCGAAAACUGUCAAGGUGCUGGACAGUCCAAGCACUAGCCAAGUGGUCCCGCUGGACCUUUCAGGCACUAGCCAAGUGGUCCCGCUGGAACUUUCAGGCACUAGCCAAGUGUUGGAUCUUCUAGGCACUAGCACUAGCCAAGUGGCAACUCUAAGUGUAGGUGCAGUUGGUCUGACUGUGAAUACGACAUUGCCUAAAACAUUGAAGGUCAAAAUCUAUAUGGGAAGCGGUUGGGACAUGGAUUUCCCGAUGCUCGAUGAGGGUUCUCCUCCAGAUCUCUUUGUUAAACUCAGGAUACAGGGUCUAUCCAUUGACGAAAGCAAGGCGAAAAAGACCAAAGUCCAGAAAAAUAGCUGGACACCUAGUUGGGGAGAGGAAUUUGAGUUCCUUUUACGGAGUCCUGGAAAUGCCUCGAUUCUUUUUGAGGUCUACGACCGUGACAGAUUCUCAAGAAAUGACUUUGCGGGUAAGGUUUCUCUACCCGUGUCUGAGCUGAGGAUGGGAAUACGUGCGGUUCCGUUGUAUGAUAAAGACGGCAAUCCAUGCGCCACGGCACGACUCCUCGUGCGUUUUAUGAUUGUUUGA